AUGCUGGGCAAGUAUGACAAUGUGGCCAAUAUUGCCAAAAAGAUUGCCGACCUCCAGACUGCAGUCGAUCUCCGAAAAUUAAGAAGGAUAUAUGGCAUCGAUAAGCGGAAGAGGGAGAAAGGCUUUCACAACUUCUACGUUGGCCAGACGCAGGUGAACUUCAAUGCGCGGUGGCAGGGACACAAUAGUGGCUACAAAUAUGCGGCCAAGUCUGCGAACGGUGUCCCACAUCCAAGACAACUGAUUCAAGCUGUUCACAAGAAUGCGGUGGGCAGAUUCAGUGCCGAGCAGCGCACUUUCAUCAUGCUCGCAUUGAGCCCCACCGAAAACCCAGGGUUUCAUGAGUUUGCAUAG